UUCUUUGCAGAUAUCCUCCUGACACCUUUAGAAGCCACCCGGAUCCGUCUCGUGUCAGACAGAACUUAUGCAACUGGACUUGUCACAGGCUUCACUCGUCUGGCGCGUGAAGGUGGCAUGAGCGAGCUUUACGCAGGCUUUGUCCCGAUUCUUUGCAAACAGAUACCUUACGCUAUCGGGCAAUUUACAGUGAACGAAUUCUGUCAUGAGAUUGCUUUUCGUUCAAUGUCCGAAGAGACUCGUCGCACGCUCUCCAGUGCCAACAAAUUCACAAUACAGCUCGGUAGCGGCAUUAUCGCAGGUUUUGCAGCAGCCAUUCUAAGUCAUCCAGCGGAUACCCUAUUGAGUCAGAUAAACAAGGGACACGGACCAAAGGGCUCCAUGCCGCAUCGACUCGCAGUGCUCGCUCGUGAGGCUGGUUUCCGCGGCCUUUUCGCUGGUCUUGGACCUAGGAUGAUAAUGACCGCAGGCCUUGUGUCCGGGCAAUUCGUACUGUAUGGUGCAAUAAAAGAAGGCAAGCAUCAAGGAAGGUUCACAUUCUACUUUUUAACCUUUCACAAUAGCUUUGGGUGCACCCCCUGGUAUGGAGAUACACAGAGACACCAGUGCUGUUGCUUGAUAAGACACCGAGCUUCCCCAAGACUCGACUUAGAAGGCUUCGCUUGCAUUUUCUUGAGUCACAGUAAUCCUUACAAUGGUACCAUACAUAUGGGUAGAAUGCAAUCACUCACGUGGAGCUCCAGGAUAGAGCAACGAGUCAUUACAGCAACAAUAUCAUCCCUUUGUGUAUGGAGACAACUGUGA